UUUUAUCACUUAUUGCAUUAUCUCUUCUCCAGAAUCCCCCCUCGCCACCCUCAAAGUGCAGCCAUUCAAUGAGCCAAUCACCGCUCGUUAUUGCGAAAUUCUGCACAUGGCACGAAUAAGUUUAGAAGAGUAGUAUACUUUAUGUAGGACUCUUCAAUUACUCUACAUUUACAAUUUCUAAGCAGGACGACGAUAUUCAAUUGACAUAAAGUAUUAGGCCAUAGUACUCGAAUUGUUCUUGAUUUGAAGAUGGUGUCGGAGACGGUGCUGGUUGUUCUAGCUGAUAUUUUCGGCUGGGGAUAUUUCCUUGCCUGGACUGUGUCUUUUUACCCACAAAUUUAUGAAAACUGGCGGCGAAAAUGCGUCGUUGGUUUGUCCUUCGACAUGUUGACUUAUUUCAUGAUAAGCUACAUCGCCUAUAUGAUCUACAAUGUGGUCGUUUUCUUCGACUUGAACAUACAAUGGGAAAUAAUCGGAAACUCGAAUGAAUCUUCUCCUGUAAAGCUCACAGAUGUUGUAUUUGCAAUCCUCGGGCUCGUCUGCACUGGAAUAACAUGUUUGCAGUGUGUCAUUUACGAAAGUGGUCCACAGAAAAUUCAUUUCACUACCAAAGUUGUCUUUUCGGUGUUCGUCGUUGCAUUGGGGAUUUGCUGUGCCCUCGCGGGGUUUAAAGUAACUUCGUGGCUCUUUAUGCUCGAUUAUUGCGGCUACGUCAAGUUGGCUGUGUCUUUUGGAUCGUAUUUACCUCAGAUCUGGCUCAACUAUCGCCGCAAGUGCACUGAAGGUUUCCAUAUUGGAGGUGUUCUUCUAGACUUUUCUGGAGGGAUCCUGAGCCUUCUCCAAAUGAAUAUUUAUUGUGCUCUGGAACACAGUACAAAGCAGUUUACUGGCAACAUACCAAAACUAGUGCUAGGUAUUCUAACAUUAGUCUUUAAUAUAACCCUAGUCUUACAGCACUACAUGUUGUAUAUGGGAAAUCCACCCCCAGUUCUAGCCCCAGACAGUACAGAGAAGGUGUCUCUUAUUGAAAGUGGUGAAAGCAAGCAUUACUGCUCAGUGAAUCAAGAUCAAGAUGAUGUCAAAGUCAUCAGUGUGUCAUCACCCUGUAGAAACCAGUAUCACUACUUUUAUUACUACAACCUUGUUGACAACAAAAGAGAAGGAUUUGGCGAUUAUGAUCAGGACAAUGUAGAUGAUAGCUUGGAGCCAUGACCAGUAUACAGUAUAAACUAGUGACCUUAAAAUAUCACAUGUAAAUACUUUGUGCAGUGGAGCCUUUAUAUAGCAGACACUUGGCGAUUAUGAUCAGGACAAUGUAGAUGAUAGCUUGGAGCCGUGACCAGUAUACAGUGUAAACUGGUAAACUUGAAAUAUCACAUGUAAAUACUUUGUGCAGUGGAGCCUUUAUAUAGCAGACACUUUCCAAAAUCCCAGAUUUUCUUGCCAGUCGUUUGACUGGGUAAGGUGUACAGUACCUACAUUAACAAGACAGCUCUAUUGAGUUGGGUGCUGGCAUUGUUUCGCAGUCCCACCUUUAUCUAGUCCCGGAACAGCUGUUCCUGGGUUAUUUCCAUGAAGACUAUCGUUUUACCUAUUAUUUUGGCAAUUUUUUUUAUAUCCUGUUAUUAAGAAUAGGAUUCUUAAAGCCUGGCAAUUUAAAAGUUUAGAUAUGCAUAUUUUAGGAUAUUUGCUGCAAAGUAAUACAAGCAAGGCUUGUGUAAUUUGCUUUUUUAUUGGUCCUGAAAUCUCACCCGGGCAGCAAUAAGAACAAAUUACUCCCUUACAAAGUUGUCACUCUCAGAAAGACCCGGGACACACUCCCCCUUUGGUUUUUAAAAAAAAAAUAAAAAUGAGAGAGUUAAUGAUAUUUAUACUAAAUCCUGUAUCUCUUUUUUUUUUUGGCAAAAAAAAAAAAAAAAAAAAACAUUUAUCGAAUAUGGUUAUACAUGCAGGUAGAGGCUCCAUCGUAUUGAACUUCGUAUGUUAUGCAACUCAGAAAGCACACUUGUAGCAGCUAACUUUGCCCUCUUGAGCAUGAGCAACCAAAAGUUCUUCUAUAGAGGUACAGUGGAACCUGGAUUUUACGAUAACCUCGGUUUUAUGAUGGCGUUUCUUUCUCCCGGCAGAGAUACAGUGAAAUGUAUAAGAAAUUACCUCGAUUUUAUGCUAUUGGAUACAACGGUAUUCUCGUUUUCACGACACAAAUCUGUUUUCCCAAGCGUAAUUUUGACCUCCAUACAACGAUAUUAGUGAUUCUCUCUAUCAACAAAGAAAGAAAGACUCAAGACACCAUACAUAAACAGUACAGUUAAUCGAUGUUUUUGACUUGACAGAUCUUGUUAAACACAGACUAUAGUCUUACAGAGAGAAACUGUUUGGUCGUACACAGAGUACAGUUAACAAUAUCAAUAUUUUGUGAAAGUUGUGAAUUCACCCGACGUCGCUACAACGAUAUUUGCAGUGGAUUUAUAUCGUAAAAUCGAGGACCUCUUUGUAACCAUACCUCGAUUUUACGAUACAUUUUCUCCUAAGGCAUAUCGUAAAGUGCAGGUUCCACUGUAUUUCGAUUUGUAAAAUAUUGAGUUCGUAGCUUACCAUUCUCAUAUAUACGAUUUGAGUUACAGAUCAGUUUCUCACUUUCUGUCUUCUCUCUCUCUUACCCUUGGGAAAGACAAUACAUGAAAUUCCAGCUAAGUAUACUUACACGACACACCAAAGAAAGCGCAUUGGCCACAUCUGACGUUUGUUUUAUAACAGAAAAAAAAUCUUAGAUUCUUUUUUGCGAGCUAUGCCGCGUGCCGAUCUGUAACUCCUAUUGCAACAUCAUGGUGGUGGUAAUCCUGUGGUCUGUUUGUACAUUACACCCUUCUACCAUUGUCCUGGUAAAACCCGACCUGGUGAGGAUUCUUUGCCAUACCUUAUGGAUUCUUCCCUUCCCCGUUACAUGCUGGGUUUUCACGAUCUUCCUCGCAGUGAUUUUCCUUCCCUGGUACAAUUUCACUCUGACCUGGUGGAGACCCCGCCCCCUAACGAAAUUAGACAUUUAAAAGAAUUCUUAAUGUCUAGACCGACCUGAUGAAAAAAUUGCCAACCUGGUGAGCUUUUAACGGAAAACUGCUUAGAGAGGGCUGUUACAGCGAAAUUGCUUCACACUUUUGGUUCUUAUGAUGAUUUAUAUUAGCUCGACCAAAAAAAAAAACGUUACACGAUGGCUCAAUAUAGUAAGCUAACCUUUGAGUCAUAAUUUUUUGUGGGUUUAAAUAUUAAGUAAUAUAGAAUAGAGCGAAGGAGAGUGAAAUACCGCCAUGAAAUGUUCAAUAUUUUGUCAGUCACUAUUGGAUGUUAAUAUUGUUAAAUCUUUGAGUCAUAAUUUCGUUGUGGCAAUUUUUGUGGGUUUAAAUAUUAAGUAAUAUAGAAUAGAACGAAGGAGAGUGAAAUACUGCCAUGAAAUGUUCAAUAUUUUGUCAGUCACUAUUGGAUGUUAAUAUUGUUAAAUCUUUAAUACAAAGAAUUUGUCGUUCUAAAAAUUUUCCAAAUGUCACCCGACUCAUCAGACAUCUUCUUGAGAAGGAAUGGUAUUUGAAUUGACCCCGCUUCCCAAACAUUCAACUAUAACAGUCUGUGACAUACCUAUUAUUCUAAACACACUGAAAGUCCAAUGUAUUUAUGACAUUCGGGACGUUGGUGGAGAAACUUUCUAACAUCAGGUUGACAGACAUCCUCGGGGACCUGGGACCCAGGGCGUACUGAGCGGAAACGAGCUCGAGAGCAUAACGAGCGCGAGCCGGAAGCGGACGACCCGCGCUCGUCUGACGUUACGCUUGUUUACUCUCAGUACGCCCUGGGGUCCCCGAGGAUGGUUGACAGAGCAAAAAAGUGACAAGUUUUCCCAAAAUAAGUACUGGUUAACUUCGGUAAACCAACAUAUCAAAAAGUUUUUUUUUUCUAAAUGCAUUCGUCUUCGAGAUAUGAGACUUGAAGUGAAAUUUUCAAAUGUUCAAAGUAUGAAUGGUAACGUAUAAAGGAACCGAACCGAAUGGCCGAACCCUGGUCUCUGAACUCCGUGUGAACUUUUAGAGGUUCAUAAACAAGAAUGCUAAGCUUGUUUGUUUUUAUUUAACCUUAUUUCUUAUUUGAUACCCAUUAAGCACAUUGGCACAGAUUCUCCGAGUGUAACCUAAUGGACAGAGCAAAAAAAUGGCAUGAAAUUUUCCAAUCCUCAAUAUAUAUCUCAAGAUUCCGCAUACAAGGACAUUAGGGAGCAAAGUUAGCUUUUUUUCAGAGCCUGAAUUCUCCCUUAAGGAGACAUAAACCACUGCGGUUUACGAUACAUCGAUUCGCGGUUGCAACCUUAUAAUCGAAAUAGGUGUUUUCAAAAUAUGUUUUCAUAGUAUAUGGGGAAUGACUAACUGCUGCUGUUGUAUUAAAUAUUCAUAAAGAUGUUAAAUAAAAUAAUGGCAUUUAUUCAAAUGUUUUGGUAUUUUGUAAAAGCCUAACGAGACCAAAGGCAUUAUUUGUUAGUAUAACAAAUAAGUAAGAGUUAAUUACCUCGAGCCUUCGGCAAUAAGCCAUAUACAUCCCGAGGCCGCAGGCCGAGACUUAUUACAUAUUGACAAAGGGGUCCACGCAAAAAUGUGUCUCAGAAUCUUAAUCUUUGAAAUUGAACCUUGAUUGAACAAAGAGUGGUGUGGAGGAUUCAAACUCCAUUAGCAUAUAUAUCGAAAAGUUAUUUCCUCUGCAAUUUCUACGGCAAUCAAAAAGGAAAACGAUUAACAAUCAACCACAUCGGUAUGUGCUUAAUAGUCACGAAAACUAUUUCAUCCUUGAAAACAAAGGCCUUGGUAUCUUAAUUGUACCAAAUACAAAGAAGUGUAUUCCCUGCGCGGCCAGUUUAUGAUAUUUCACAUUGGGGUGAAAUGGUGUUCUUUAUUUGUAGGAAAUAACAAUCAUGCAAUAAGCAAGUGAUUUCCUUACAAAAGGAGCGUUUAAAUGAGAUUUGUUGCCCCGUUUAGUUUGCAUAACGCUCGUAUUUUUUCUGAGAUGGAGAGCGACGAAGACAUGUCCGAACUGACACAGAAUACGUUUUCGCAAGCCGAAUAGUUUCUCCUGGAUUUUGAUCUUGUCGGAACGAUCCUUUGAAGAACAAGCCGUAAUAUUACGAUUCUAAGUGAAGAAUAAGUUGAGAAGAGAAAGGACGACAGGAUUCCGGAGAACACGAAAACCAACACGGUGUGGGCUGUUCGUACCUAUCAAGAGCGGGCAGAAGUGAGGAAUUAGAACCAGAAUUGUGGCAGGAUCGGAUAGUUUCGUAAGUUUCGAUAGUAUCAAAGGUGUUCGAUUGUAGUGUUGAUGAAGAAAUGAUAGAGGAUGUUUGUGAGGUUGAUAAAGUCAUAAAGAGCCAGGGC